AUGGAGUCGUUCUCGUCGUCCUCGAGUAUUCCGUCUCCAUUGCUACGUAGUCUAGACGGUAUGGAGAGUCCGGACAUCUGUGAGCCGCCUCAGGAGGAGGAGGACUUUUGCUUUCGAUAUCCGAGCUACAUGUUUCCCGACGUGGAGUACAACAAGGAGGAUGUGCCACUUCCGUUUAAGGCCUCACCGGACUCACUGUUCAACCUCUGCGCCGCAGUUGUGGAUUCCCAAGCCCGUACGGAGGUCUUUAAGUGGAGUAUCAACGAUGUGACGGACUGGUUGCGCAAUUUUGGCUAUCCAGAAUAUGAGGAAACCUUCCGUGAAAACUAUAUUGAUGGUCACAAGCUACUGAAUUUGGAUGCCGUAUCCCUGGUGGCCCUUAAUGUCAAAAAUUUCGAGCACAUUCGUCAUCUGGGACGUGGGAUUAGAGCACUUUACCGCAAGGAGCUACAGACAGCAACGGAGACUAAGCAGCAGAGCGAAGUAUACAAAACCUUCCGGGCCCGCACUGGACGUAGAUACGAGGGAUUACGAGAGACGGAACUCCUGGGUCGUAUGCACAUGAUCCGCUCCGUUUUUCGGGAUGUCAACGACUGGGAUCUCAUGGAGCUGCAUCUCUCCCGGACACCGGUGAGGCGAUACCGAGAGGUCAUUGCUGGAUCCAGGCGCUACAGUCUCUAUGGACCCUCUACAGCUCGUAGGGAACCCAUUAUGACGGACGAUGUCGAUACCACAAACUGGUUUAAUUUUGGAGAUUGUUACUAA